CAGGGCUGACGGUGCUUCUCCUCUCCCUGGCAGUGACGGCUGUUAGCGGGCUCAUCAUGGUGCUGCUUUUCUUCUCGGAGCUGCAGUACUACCUGACCAAGGAGGUUCAUCCAGAGUUGUACGUUGACAAAUCAAGGGGAGAUAAACUGAAGAUCAAUCUAGAUGUUAUUUUUCCACAUAUGCCUUGUGCUUAUUUGAGCAUUGAUGCAAUGGAUGUAGCAGGAGAGCAGCAACUGGAUGUAGAGCACAAUCUGUUUAAACAACGUUUGGAUAAAGCUGGCAAUCGUGUAACUCCAGAGGCUGAGAGACAUGAGCUGGGAAAAGAAGAAGAAAAAGUGUUUGAUCCAAAUUCUUUGGAUGCCGAUCGCUGUGAGAGCUGUUAUGGGGCAGAGUCAGAGGACAUUCGGUGUUGUAAUACUUGUGAUGAUGUCAGAGAAGCAUACAGGCGGCGAGGCUGGGCCUUCAAGAACCCAGAUAGCAUAGAGCAGUGCAAGAGGGAAGGGUUUAGCCAGAAGAUGCAAGAGCAGAAGAAUGAGGGCUGCCAAGUGUAUGGUUUCCUAGAGGUCAACAAGGUAGCUGGAAAUUUUCACUUUGCACCAGGAAAAAGUUUUCAACAGUCUCAUGUACACGUUCACGAUCUGCAGAGCUUCGGACUUGAUAACAUCAAUAUGACGCACUAUAUCAAACAUCUCUCAUUUGGAAGGGAUUAUCCAGGCAUUGUGAACCCCCUGGAUGGGACAGCCAUCACUGCACAGCAAGCUUCCAUGAUGUUUCAGUAUUUUGUCAAAGUGGUCCCCACUGUGUAUAGGAAAGUAGAUGGUGAAGUGGUGAGAACUAACCAGUUCUCAGUUACACGACAUGAGAAAAUAGCAAAUGGUCUGCUGGGAGACCAGGGUCUGCCUGGUGUCUUUGUGCUGUAUGAGCUUUCACCCAUGAUGGUGAAGCUGACAGAGAAACACAGGUCCUUUACUCACUUUCUCACUGGAGUUUGUGCCAUUGUUGGAGGCAUAUUUACAGUUGCAGGUUUCAUUGACUCCUUGAUCUAUCAUUCAGCACGUGCCAUCCAGAAGAAAAUUGAACUUGGGAAGACAACAUAAAUAAACAAUGGCAUCGACCCAUUUAAAGACAAACAAAACCAAAACAAACAAAAAAGCAGCAACAAGAAAAAAAAAGCCAAACUCAAGCCUCCAAGGAGAACUAAACAGGCUCUUUGAAACACAAGUGAUCUUCUGAGAGUGGACAGGAGGACACGUUUGAAAUUUCCUGAUGGCCCUAAUUACUCAUAUGUUACUGUGCCCUUGUUCUUUAGCCUUAGUUUGUGGAUGGAACAACUUGAACCUUGCUGCUAUAAAGAUGAGCUAUCAUAUCUGGCUCUGCAGGCCCUAGUAUCAAACUCCUUUUGUGUCAGUCCAUGCUCCUCCAGUUCUGUCCCCUUCCCAGCAGUGGUGCUGGAGAUACUGCGUCCUGGUGUUGCCUCUAGGAAUAAUGUACUUCAUUGUCAAGAGACCUGUAAUGGAUUGAAGGUGCCAUCAACUUUCUAGCAACAUCACCAGGAUUUUUAAAUUUUUCAUUAAAAUGUUUCUGGGUGUGCUGAUGCUGUAUGUCAGACCUCUGUGAAAAUGUGCUGAAUCCCAUCUGUUGCCAUCCAGCCAUCCUGGGCUGCAUGGGGACCCUAAGAAUUUGAGAUGUGCUUUCUGUGCUGGGGGACCUUCCAGUUG